AUGGCGCCCACCACAACAAGAGAUGCCGUUGAGGCACCCAAGAUUGAAAUUGCUCUGGCAGUCAUUUUGGGAAAGGAAUACUUCCAUCAUGUGGAAGGAUCAGGAGAAGGAAAUGAUAAUGACACCGAAGCGUUCAUGCUGGAAACAAGGCAAAAAGCCUUUGAUUGGAUUGUCAACAAGGAUCCAAUCCAGCUAGAGUUUGAUGCUCCUAAUUUGGUGCAAAGGUUUCUUUUAGUUCUCUUCUACUUCCAAACCACGAGGCAUCAACCAUGGAAGGAAUGCAAUCCACCAGCAACUCCCCAACGAAGUGCAUCAGGUAAUUUCUGCUAUACGCUUGAUCCUUCCACAGGGGACACAACAUCAUCCAUCUGGGGUGAUCAGUGGCUCUCUGCCAGUCAUGAAUGCCAGUGGGCUGGAAUGAUCUGUGAGGCUGUACAGUCAAAAGAGAAGACAGUUGUUGGGUUACGAAUGACGUGGAAUCAGCUCAAUGGCCCUCUCCCAUGGGAGAUGGCACGAUUGCCACACCUGAAACAGCUAUUUUUGAGUCACAACAUGCUGAGUGGAAUGCUUCCGCCAAAGCUGCUCUCUUUUUCGUUGGAGUCGCUCCACUUGGGCAAUAACCAACUCUCGGGACCCCUCCCUGCCAGAUGGUUUGAAACUCUCCAUGAUGGAAAUGCAAAACUCAUCAAUCUUCAAAUCUCUUCAAACAGACUGACUGGGACAAUCCCCUCUGAAUUGGGGAUUUCCCCCUUGAAGACCCUCGGUCUCAGGAACAAUUCACUGACAGGGUCUCUGCCACUGGAUUUGUUCCACAUGGGUUCUUUUAAGAGUCUAGAUUUUGUUCAAAAUGAUCUUACGGGCACCCUGCCAAGUGAAAUUGGAUUGCUAACGCACCUGCAUUAUAUCUUUUUGAGUCACACUGGCAUUGCAGGAACCUUACCCUCAGAGAUUGGUCUGGCAACCCAAUUGCACGAAAUCUUUGCUUCCUACUCCAAUAUGGAAGGGACAAUCCCAGAAGAAGUGUAUGCUGGACUAACAGAACUCAUUGCUUUGGCCCUGAAUGGUUGCAACUUUUCUGGGACCAUCAGUUCAUCACUUGGUCUUUUCACAGAUCUCGUGUGGCUGCAUGUGGCCAACAACAACUUCCAUGGCACGAUUCCCAAUGAAAUUGGGGCAUUGACUGAGCUGAGGCAACUAGUAGUGAAUGGGAAUCAGCUAACAGGCACUGUUCCUGUAUCUGUAUGUCAUUCUGUUGCUUACAUUGAGAAUUAUGGAGGCUCUUCUGUGGUUACGGCUGACUGCUUGCCAAAUCCCGGAACUGGAGUUCCCACGAUUGGGUGUGAUGAUGAUUGUUGCACCAGUUGUUGUGACAACACAGGGGUUUGCCUUGCCAAUUGA